GACAAAACACACAAUAAUCAUUAGGGCAUGGGCUCUUGCUCAACUUCUAGCGAUGGCUUAACUUGCCAAUUAAGUUCGCUGCUGCGUCCAUGCUCUUUUGCGGUCGGGCUGCAGCGCUGGCACGGGCGCCCUUUUGGCAGCCGCCUGCUUUUAGGAAACUUAUUGCUUGCACCCGUCUUCGACUCUUAGCAUACGCACCGGUAGCUGAACCUGUUCCGCCGCCAGUUGGAACGCUGUCCAUUGGGUCCCUUGCUGACCUGUACGCAUUAGAUAUCGACGACGAUACUGCUAUUAUGGAUUCCUGUAACUCCUCAGCUCAAGACGCUCCUGCACCCAAGCGGCAGCGGACUGAUGACGGUCCGGCUACCAACGGGCACGGCCGCGACGGUCCUGCCGCCAAGGAUCGUGCGCAAGGAGGCCAACGGCAACACAAAUGGGCUAAACGCGGCAGGGAUACUCGGAUUGGCGACUUGAUGAUGGCAGUCAAGCAUAACGACUUGCAGACCGCCAUGAGCAUCUUCCGGUCCAUGCUCGCGGACGGCGGGAAGGUGCAGCUCAGCCUCGUUAACUCGCUGCUCUACCUGGCGUGCGGCGGGGAGCAGUGGGAGCGCUACGCGCGCGGUCUGCCGCUGCUGACGGGUGCAGCGGCGGCGGCAGCGGCGGCAGAGGGGCAAGCAGCAGCGGCAGACGGCGACGCUAAUGCGGAGGCGGAGGGCAAGGCUGAGCAGACCGCCACCGCUCCCAACGCCACGACAGCUGCUGACGUGACGCCCCCGAGCCGGGAGGAGCUGGUUUCGGCGCUGGACGAGCUGUGGAGCUACGCGGGGUCCGCGGGCCUGCAGCCGGACCAGGGCACCUACCUGGGCCUUGCGCGGUGGGAGGCGCUCAAGGGGGACGGGCAGGCGGCGCUGCGCUGGGCCGAGGAGUGCGGCAACAACAACAAGCCGGUGCAGCUCCGGCUCUUCCACCCGGCGCAGGUGUGCUACUGCCUGGCUGCUGACGUGGCGGCUCUUGAGCGCAUUGACGGCCUCAUUGCGGCUCGCGGGCUGGACAACACCGAGUAUGAGUUCGCUCGGCUGGUGGAGGGAAUCACGGCGGCGGGCAGCUACUCGCAGAUGCGAGCCGUGCUGCUGCGCAUGCAGGACGACCUCAACCAGCUCUCCCCCUCCACAGCCGCGUACAUCACCGACUUCUUCGAGCGGGCUUCCGCAGCGCAGCAGGCCUUCUUGCCGGCCGACCAGGGAGGCUGCCCCGGCCUGGCGGCGGCCAACCAACCACCAGCAGCAGCGGAAGCUGAGGCUGGGGCUGGUGAGGCGGCCGAGGCGAGGACAGAGGCGAGGGCGGAGGCAUCGGGCCGGGGUGCGGGCGAGCGGCGGUGGCGGGUGGUGCGGGGAGUGACGGUGGAGGCGGGAGGCCGGUGCGAGGAGGCCGGUGGGAAGUUGCGAGUGAUUGACCUGGAGGAUUCGGAGUGGGACGCCUUUGCGAAAUCCAUCGCGGAGCUGGCUCGCAAGAACAUGGGCAACCGCGGCAGCGACUUUGACGCCUACGUGGAGUGGUUUGAGCGCAACGGUCCGUACGACAUCCUGGUUGACGCGGCCAACGUGGCGUUCUUCGGGCAGAACCGCGAGGGCGGCGGCUUUAGCUGGGAGCAGAUCCAGGACAUGUACCUGCUGCUGAGCCAGCGCUUUCCGAACAAGAAGAUUCUGGUGAUGCUGCACAAGAAGCGGCUGAACGACCCGGAGGCCCGCAAGCCCGACGUGCAGGCCUUCCUGGAGCGGCUGCGGAAGCGGCGCAGCUUCUACUACACCCCGCCGGGAGCCAACGACGACUGGUUCUGGCUGUACGCUUGCGUCAAGGCCAAGCAGGCCGGCCUGCUGGUCUCCAACGACG